CAAGCUGUGUACGCUUCUGUGUGGCGUACUUUCUUUUUGAAGCAUCAAAGUUCUGCGUUGUUUAGGUUUUUUUUUAGCAACCAUGUCUCAAUUUGCAGACUCUGACGACACCACUCCACUGCUCAGGGACGAUGCAAGCAGUGAUGACUCUCAGGAUGCUCAGGAUGAACAUUAUGAGAGUCGGUGGAGGUCUAUCAGAGUCAUGUACUUCACCAUGUUCCUCAGCAGUGUAGGUUUCACUAUUGUCAUCACAUCACUCUGGCCCUAUUUACAGAAGAUUGAUGAUAGUGCCAAUGCCACCUUCUUGGGAUGGGUCGUGGCAGCCUACAGUCUUGGUCAGAUGUUAGCCUCACCCAUUUUUGGCCUUUGGUCCAACUACCGGCCACGCAGGGAGCCACUGGUGUGUUCCAUCAUCAUCAACCUGUCAGCCAAUAUCUACUACGCCUACGCAUACCUGCCCAGGACCAAUAACAAAUUCCACCUGCUCAUGUCUAGAGCCUUAGUGGGCUUUGGAGCAGGUAAUGUUGCUGUGGCGAGGUCUUAUGUUGCUGGAGCUACAUCACUGAAGGAGAGGACCAGUGCCAUGGCAAACAUGAGUGCCUGUCAGGCCCUGGGAUUCAUACUGGGACCAGCUCUGCAGGCUGGCCUAUCGUUCAUCGGUGAACAGGGUGUCACGGUUGAGGCUAUAGACCUGCAGCUCAACAUGUACACUGCUCCUGCUUUACUAGCCACAGCUUUUGGCUUCAUCAACAUCCUGCUGGUUGUUUUGGUGCUGAGAGAGCACACUGUUGAUGACCAUGGAAGACAUAUUCGAGCCAUCAACUACACAUCGGAAGAUAGAGAUGAAACUAGUGAAGAGACUGAGGAGACCAUUGAUCAGGUAGCAGUCCUGUCUUCCAACGUUCUCUUCUUCAUCGUCAUGUUCAUCUUUGCUGUCUUUGAGACAAUUGCAGCCCCUUUGUCCAUGGACAUGUUCGCUUGGACAAGGAAGGAAGCAGUGUUAUACAAUGGCAUCAUCAUUUGCUGCAUUGGAUUUGAAUCCAUAUUUGUGUUUAUAGUUGUAAAAGUGGCCUCUAAAAGGGUCGGGGAUCGUCCUUUGUUGCUAGCUGGCUUGGCCAUCAUAUUCUGUGGUUUCUUUAUACUGCUUCCAUGGGGAAAUCAAUACCCUAAAAUCCAGUGGGCAGACCUCAAAAACAACUCUUUGGUCAGUCUGAUGUCUAAAGCCGCUGCAGCCUCCAACAACUCUAUGGAGCCAACAGGCUGCCCGUAUGAACAGACCUGGUGCCAGUAUACUCCUGCCAUCUAUCUGGCCCAGUACAUCACAUCUGCCAUCCUCAUCGGGGUGGGAUACCCAGCUUGCAACGUGAUGUCAUACACACUGUAUUCCAAAAUCCUGGGACCCAAACCUCAGGGCGUGUACAUGGGAUGGUUGACAGCCUCAGGGAGUGGGGCGCGGACUGUGGCCCCCAUCUUUGUCUCCCAGGUUUAUACCCUCCUGGGACCCCGAUGGGCCUUCAGUCUUAUCUGUGGUUUAGUGUUGGUGGCCAUCAUCCUCCUCAGCUCUAUUUACCACAGACUCAUCGCCUUUUCUGUACGCCAUGGAAGGACUAUAGAAUAACAAGUGAAGAUUCACACUGGACAGCCUGAUUUGUCUGAUAUCAGACAGAAUUGGUAACUUAUUACAGUCUGUUUCCAUCUUCGGUCGACAUUGCCUUCACUCUAACCGAUUUCCAUGGGGGAUGAGGAGUUCGAUUUUCUCCAACCAAUCAACAGAGACCAACGUAUGAGCCUGAACUAGCCUACACUGUCCGGUGAUAUUGAGAAGGAAUGCUGUAUAUGUAUAAUUAUUUUUUAAAUGAAGGGGUUAUGUCAAAUUCAAUACCAUUAUUCAGCAGCCGAAACAAGAAUGAGAGCCCAUGAAUGAACUAUACAGAGAUGUUGGGGUGUUUGUCACAUACAGACCAGGCAUCUAUUCUGGAAGGAUUUGUGUUAGUGUUUUAGAUUACAUGUAAGAGUUGAAGAUUUUAUGCAAAGAGUUAGCAGUCGGAGCUUAACAUUAUGGUUUUUGACACAAAUGAGGAAGACUCAAGAAGAGUAGAGGAUCAGGACCGUGAUAAACCUACAAAGACGCCACGGAAAAAGAAACUGUGCCAGAGUUUCAACUCUGCAUUUUGUAGGAGUAUGACAGAGGUAAAUAAUACAUAUUUUUCCAAGACAUCACCGCAGAGUGCUGUUCAGUACUUUUUAUUGAUUUAGAACAGCCUCGAUAGACCUUAUUACAACAAAGUUAGUCCUGCACCUGACGCUGAUUGGCCAAUAGCAAUUCUCCCCGCUGCGCUUAUUGGUUGAUUACUUUUCAAUGGAGAAACUGCUGUUCCAUGUUGUGAUGCCAGUCGAAUCAAAGGUCUAGACCAAACAAAUAAGUUACUGAUGGCAGUUUCCUACUUUUAUUCUAAAAAAGAAAAACUGAAAUCCAGGUUAUAAUAAAGGCUCCUUGUUGCUGCUACUUACAUUAACAUGUGGCAACUGAGAAGCCUUUGAGAGUUUUUGUCUCAGGGUUGACCUUUUAAACACUAAGGAAAAGAGAUGAGUCCAUUUUUUGACCACUUGACCAAAGAUGGUUACUUUGCAAGUUACAGUAAACGGAAACUAAAACUGCAGCUGCGCUUUCACUGGUGGUGAGAGAAGAAGCCAUGUGAUGCCUUUUCCUAAUCUUUUAUGGCAUUGCCUUGUAUGAGGUGGGUCCAUGAUAUCAAAGCGAUAGUAGUUAUGUAAUUGCAUCCUUGGUCUCAACAGAAAUUGAAAAACUUUUUUAAUAUCAGGACUGCUUUAACAAAAGGUUCUCAGAAUGUCUUUGAAUUAAAUUCAAAUAUUAAAUUGGGAAGACUACAGGCAUGUGGUCUGUGCACAAGAGCAGCAACCAUGACCUAAUCAAGGGUACUUUAAAAUACAUGCAGUCAAAUUGUGUGAUAUUUAGUUUAUAUCAACAGAAAAUGUGGCAAUUGUGGCAUUCCUUGUACUAAAUUGUAAUUUUGCUGUUGGAGCGGAGAAAAUGGGAGAUGCCAGUUUUACUGUGAAAUGAUUGUUGUCGUGAAAGAAAUGUAAAGCGAAACAAAGAUAAUGUAGGGGGAAUACAUGAUAAAACUGUUUUCUUCUAAACAAAGAUAUUGAUAAAAUAUCACUGGUGGUUAUUUUGAGCUACUGGUUGUGGUUUUUCUGAAAUUAUUCCAAAAGUAAUGUGUGAUGAGUGUGUGGGUGCUAAUGAUUUUCUCAGUGAUGCAUUAAAGGAUUAAUGUUAUCUUUAAAUGUCAAUCUAACUUUAAGGUGUUUUUUUUUUUU